AGAGGUGUUGGUGUAAAUAUGGCUGUGUCAAUCAAACAAAGGCAAAAUAGUUGUCCUCUGAUUCAAAUCAAGUAGCCUGCAAGCUAGCAGGGCUGGGCGUGCUCUUUUCGUCGAUCGAUGUUUACUGUUGAACAUUGACAUUGUCCACAAAAUAAUUGUGGUGCUGUAAUAUUUAAUGUCAGGAGUACAGCGGAGACGUCGAGAUUCAUAAGGAUGUGUGACUUCUCGGAAGAGCCACGCUUCACCAUCGAGCAGAUAGACCUGCUUCAGCGGUUGCGGCGUAGCGGCAUGAGCAAGCAGGAGAUCCUGCACGCCCUGGACACCCUGGAGCGGCUGGACCGCGAGCACGGGGACAAGUUCGGACGCCGCACCUCCUACGUCGGCGGGGCCAACAGCUGCAGCUCCGCCUCCAACAACAACAACACCUCGACGACAACCAAUAACAACAACAAUGCUGCCACCACCACAACAACCUCCUCCACUUCCUUGUCCUGUAACAAUGGUAACGACCGCGGCAACAGUAGCGGUAGCAACGGCCCGUCCUCCACCAUCUCCACCUCUACUCAGACGCAGUUCCACAGAGGCCUGUCUCCGUCGCCUAGCAACAGCUAUGACACCUCGCCGCCCCCUGGACCACCCCCACCGUCUGUUCUACCAUCCCCGGUGUCGCUGGUCGCCUUGGCUCAGAUUGGCCGGGACAGUCUGGCGGCCACGCCCAAUGGGAAGCUGUCUCCGCCCAGGUAUCCAAUGAACAGCGCGGCGGCAGCAAGGGCGUUCGGGUUCGAGGCGACAGAGGAGGAUCUGGACAUCGACGACAAGGUGGAGGAGCUCAUGAGGAGGGACAGCAGUAUUGUAAAGGAGGAGAUCAAGGCCUUCCUGGGGAACAGGAGAAUCUCACAGGCUGUGGUGGCUCAGGUCACAGGUAUCAGCCAGAGCAGGAUUUCUCAUUGGCUGUUGCAGCAUGGCUCUGACCUCAGUGAGCAGAAGAAGAGGGCCUUCUACCGCUGGUACCAGAUGGAGAAGACCACCCCAGGCGCCACUCUAAACAUGCGCCCUGCCCCAUUGGCUCUGGAUGAGAUGGAGUGGAGGCAGACCCCGCCCCCCAUAAGCACCGCCCCCGGAGGCUUCCGACUGCGAAGAGGAAGCCGCUUCACCUGGAGGAAGGAAUGUCUGGCUGUCAUGGAGAGUUACUUCAAUGAGAACCAGUAUCCAGAUGAGGCCAAGAGAGAGGAGAUCGCCAAUGCCUGCAACGCUGUCAUCCAGAAACCAGGGAAGAAGCUGUCCGACCUGGAGAGAGUCACCUCCCUCAAAGUCUACAACUGGUUUGCCAACCGACGCAAGGAGAUCAAGAGACGGGCUAACAUAGAAGCCACAAUCCUGGAGAGUCAUGGGAUAGACGUGCAGAGUCCCGGAGGUCACUCCAACAGCGACGACGUCGACGGCAACGACUUCUCAGAACAGGCCUGUGACCUUCCCUAUUUUGACAAGAGGCCUAUGACAAGACCUUUCAGCUUCUUCAGACUGGAGCCUACAUCUCCCACACAGGAUGAUGGAACCGCCCACAGUGACCACCAGGACCCCAUCUCAUUGGCUGUGGAGAUGGCUGCAGUCAACCACACGAUCCUGGCCCUGUCCAGAACGGGGGGAGUCCCCAGCGACAUCAAGACAGAGAGUCUGGAGGAGGACUGAACCUGACCCGGAGCCCCUGGGGGAGUGGAGGAGCACCAUACAGGAGAGGAAGAGGAGAGGGAAAGAAGACGAGGGAAAAGGGGGGGAGGUGAAGGAGAGAUGGUACCAGGUGUGUGACGAAAAAGUGGAUUUGAAAAAGAGAAUUGACGAACAUAAUAGAGAAAUCUUAGUAAAUAUCUUCAUGAAGCUAUCCCAACAUCGUACCCUCAUCAUGGACUCUCAGCCUCUUCACCCACACACAGACCCAAGACGCUCCCUUCCUCUCCCUCAUCUGAGGAAAGAUGUGGAGCAGGAAGGAAGGAGGAAAGAGGAAGGGGGGGGCUUUUCUGGACCUCCCCCCACACACAGAAGUUUUCCUUCUUGAAGCUUCUUCUCCCUCCUCUCCUCCUCCUUCCAGCCUCAGCACCUAGGUCGCACUAGACAGAGCCAAACCAGGCUCAUCUGUUGCCACAUCCUAGUGUUGAUGUAUAUACGGUUCUCAUACACCCUUGUGGUUCCCCACCUACCUGACCCUGAAACCCUUUUCAUUGUGCAAUGCUUUGGUAGAGCAGUGGAGCCUCUGAACACCACUUAUGGGAUGAAUGGAUGGAUGGAUGAUCAGUCGAUGGAAGGAAAGAAUGGAUGGAGGAAUAUCAUGUAGUCUUGUCAUCUAGUCAGCCUGUGGAGAAUAAGAACGGUGGUUUUCGGAACAGUUCCAGACCGCUCAUGAACCCUGAAACUCUAGAAGCCCUGCACCCUAGAGCUUGUAUUCCCAACUGGAAAUCUUACCUGUUUUUAACUGUUUUUUCUUUUUCUUGGUAUGCGCUUAUUUUCUUCGUGUGUUUCUCUGCCUCCAGAUUGACAGGGAGGAAAUUAUUGUAUGUAAGCAGAGGCAUCCAAAUUGCUGAGGUUGAUGAAUUAUAACACUAAGGAAAAUCUUUUGUUGUUUUAAAAGCCAAAGGAGAGGAUCAUGUUGAGAGGAAAAAAAUAUAUAUCUGAAAUUAGAUCAUUUUAAUUGAGGUAAGUGUGUUCAGGUACAUGUUACCUUGCUGUAGGUCUUCAGUUUGACCUGAGAAACAAUCUUAGUGGCUUUUCCUGUUGAAGUGUUUAUUUCAGCUUUCAGCUUUUUUCAAAGUGAAUUUGAUUGCUAGCACCAUUGGCAGAGUUCUAUUAAUUUCAGAGAAUACACUUUUCUAGGAAUAGCUAUUAUCAGGCAGUUAAAUUAGAAACCCAGCAAGUUAUAAAUUAUUCUGACUGUCGCUACCUCUUAUUAGUUUAAAGGAAGUGCGUUAGGAGCACUGUGUUUCUGGGUGGCAUUCUUCAGCUGCUUGAGGCAACUUCACCUCAGACUGACCUAGACACUGGGUCUGUGUCUGUAAAUGUAAGCGGCACAUUAAAAAAAGUUUGUAUUUAUAAUCCUUUUUUUAAACGGUGUAUGAUGUUUUAAUCAUUAGUUUUUGUCAGUCAACCAAGCUUUUGUUCACGUUGUCUCGUAUUGUUUGAUGGUUUGCAUUUCCUUUAUACAUGACCCCAGAUGAUACAGCUGACCCCAGUUGUUGCAGAUGGAGAGCUGUGUUGUGCAAAGCAUAGGCCCCAGUGCCCACUUAAUUCCAGAACACACUCUAGAACAGUGGUUCUUAACCCUGUCCUCAGGGAACCCGUUUUGCAUGUUUGAGAUGUUUCUUGGCUCCAACACACCUGAUUCAAAUGCAUGUUCGUUCCCAGGCUUCUACAGAGCUAGAUAACGACCCAUUUAUUUGAAUUAGGUGUGUUUGAGCAGGGAAACAUCUAAAACAUGCACGACAGGGGUUCCCUGAGGACAAGGUUAAGAACCCCUGUUCUAGAACCUGCUCUCUUGAGUGUUCCAGACCUGUACCACAGCCUCCACUCCUCUGGGAGGCAGCGUGGCCUAGUUCUGCCAACGAGCGUUGUAGAACGUGACGCAUGAGCCGUUUAUGAAACGGCCACGCUUCAGUUCCCAAAAUGAGCGAACACUUAGGAUUCACAGAAAUCCCUCAAAUCAGUGUUAGUAACUCUUUAUGAACAGUGAUGUACCGCAGGUCUUAAGGUAGAAAACCAAACCUCAAGUGGGUUACUGAGUCUGUCCCUUGCCGGUGUUGUAUGAGGCCCUGUGGUCCUGCCAGGUUAGGAGGGUGUCAGAUCCUCUUGGCUGAGUGAACUGCACACGUCCCCUUUGCAUUAUCCCCUAACCAAGAUCCUCCCAGACAUGGAAACUCUCAGUCAUGUUGAUCCCAGAAGACUAAAUGAUGUAUCAAGCUCCAGUAGUUACGUUCUGACUGUACUGUAUUGCCCAUUUUCAGAAUUUAGUGCCUUUUUUGGACAGUAGACUGUUCUGUAAUUAAAAUGUAGUAUAUAUAUAUGUUUUUGUACAGUUUCUUUGUUCAUUUUUUUUAUCUUGUGUUUAUAUUAGUAUGAUGAAAUAUAAUAAGAGAAUAAAACUAUAUCAAUGAGAAUCAAUGAUA